UAGCUACGUACUGGUACCGGCGCGCGUCAAGGAGACGGCUGCAGUGUCCUCAGGGCAGGCCAGCUAGGCGGGGUGCAUGCGCUUUUCGAAACCGGCUUCGUCCAAGUUCUACAAUAGAGAGCUGCUUGGGAGCGCGGAAUAGACAAGGACCGGUGAGGCAUCUGAGGUUGUUGCACAAUCCAAGCAAUGUGAGGGAAUGGCUGCAAGGUUUGCGAGGCUGCUUCAAGAGUGCGCGAUAUCAGUCUCAUCACAUGCCUGUGACGCUCAGCGACACCGAGCGGCAAUCGGCGCCCACAUUCUCCGCCAGCAUUACUCUCCCCUGAGCAAGUCGCAUUUGCCCGAGAUCUUGACUGGUGCUGCAAAAGGUGGUGAUGGUGGUGGUGCGGGGGAUAGUGGAAAUUGUGCAUUUAAUCGGACCCCAUCAGUCCGCCCAAAGCACACAAAAGACCUGGACGCGCAGGCAGAAUCUGAAUCUGGAAUCAGCUUUGAGUCCCCCCCUGCGGGACGCUUCCUGCGAGACCCGCGAGAAUGGGUGUGGAUGCCCCCUGUGCCCCAGAAGCUGGACGAGUGGGAGGCAGGCCCGAAUGCAGACAGCGCCUCCAGCACUACUGGCGCCUUCCAGUGGCUGCGCAAGUGCCAGCCGCAGCUGCCCCACGCCGUCAUUCACAAGCUGUUUCGCAAACGGGAGGUGCGCCUUGUGGAGACAGCAGAGAGCCCAGAUCAACCAGCUACACUGCGGCGCAUCUCAGAUGCCGAAGCCCUGCCCCCUGGCAGCGUCCUCGUGAUCCAUGCUCGAGCGAUGGAGCCAAGAGCAGCCCCCAAACCAGGGCAGGUCCCAAGAGAAGAGCCGGCCCUUGAACAGGCAGCCAGGCGGUCGGGAACUACAAGAGUAGCGGCUUCCAAGGGCGAUCCUGCGGUGGUACGGCCCGAGGUUCAGGAGCUGCGGGAGAGGGUGCUGUUCCGGGACGAGCAUGUGGUGGUCAUCAACAAAGCGCAUGGGCAGGCGGUCCAGGGCGGCCGCAACAUCCGAGAGUCUCUGGAUGACCUACUGCAAGAGGCAUUCUCAAAAAGCGAUGGAGAGCGGCCACGGCUAGUGCACCGGCUGGACAAGGACACAAGUGGCUGCCUCAUCGUGGCCCUCUCAGAGCAGAGUGCGGUGGCCGUCACAGGACUGUUCCGUCACAAAACGGCAAGUGCCAUAAGCAGGGAUGUCGGUGAUGGGGAGGCUGCAGAACGGACGGGAUUGCAGCGCGCAUACUGGGCCCUGGUGGAAGGGAUCCCUGCACAAGCCGAGGGCGUUAUCGAUGCCCCUGUCAAGAAGUGCGUAACCGGAGCCAGAGGGGAACGCAUGGUGCUAGCCGACAGGCAGGACGAGGCUGCGCUGCCCGCCCUGACGCGGUACCGCACCGUGGCCACCUCUCCCCAGGGGUUCGCCUGGCUCGAGCUGCAGCCCCUUACCGGACGCAAGCACCAGCUACGGGUGCACGCCAGCUCUGUUCUCUCGUGUCCGAUUGUUGGGGACUAUAAGUACGGCUUCGUAGGGCAGGUUCGAAAAGGGCGGGAAAAGGACGGCACCGUAGGGGUGUUAGAUGCCGACAAGAAGGGCAGGGGACGGUCGGCUAAGACAUCCGGCGAAGCAGUGGGCGAUGCCGGCUCGGCCUCGCCGCGCUUGCAUCUGCACUGCCGAUGGGUCGAGCUGCCCAAGCUGCACUGGCUGGGCACACGCGAGGAAAGCAAAGGUAGAACAGGCCACACGAGUAGGACAGAGGAACGGACGCGGGUCGAGGCCCCUCUGCCGCCUCACAUGGAGGCUACUUGGAAGGCUCUUAAAUUCUUGAUUGGUCGAUUGUAAUGCAUUUGUGUUCUUCAAUCAACACCGGCACGGUGUAAAAUCUGUUAG